AUGAACGCCUACUUUCCCGUCGACAUCAAAGGCACUACCGGCAUUGAUCCGUCGUAUGAUAUCAUUUCGGGUAUUUCUGCGCUCGCGAACAAGCCCCCGAUGGUUGAAAAGGCUCUGGCAGCGCAGGCAUGUCUCGUUCUCAGUCGCCAACAGGACCAAAGCAUGUUUCAUCACGGACUGCAGCUAUAUAACAGUGCGAUACGACACAUGUCACAUGCAAUAAAGCGGAAAACGUGUAGUGACGAGGUGGUCUAUACGGCUGCUAUCUUUCACUGCCUUAUUUUGCAAGCCUUGUCUCCUUUGCAAUCCAAGGAAAAGAUAACUUUUGAUCAAGAUCAAGCACCAUCCAUCCAGGGCAUGAAAGACCACCUCGUCCUUCCCGUUGAUGAAUUACUCAAUCUAAUGUCGGACAUUGCGCCCCUUAUAGCCAUGAUUGAUGCAGAAAAUGACUCCAAAUAUCAUGGCUCUGAUGGCCAAGAACCUCUUAUCGCUUGUCUUGCGCACAGGACAAAGUUUCUGUCCUGGUACACGACGAGAGUGAACGACAUCGGUGGCGGGCCCAUCCAUUGUUCUUCUAGCGACCUGGUUACCAAACUGCCCAAGACAGACCACUUAUUCGGCCCUCCUUAUCGGUUCUCAUCACCCGACAAUGCCAGGAUGCACGUUCUUUUCUGGGCAGCACUAUCUAUACUUCAAGCUUUAAUUGGUCAAUCUCAGUCGUCGCCUAAUGCAGCAGGGGAAUAUGUACUUUCGGAAUUCUACGCGGAUGAAAUUGCACGAGCCCUUCCCUUCUGCUUACAAGACAGUAUGAAGGCAUGGGGUGGUCAUGUCACUGUGUUUGGAGUCAGUCAAAUUUCCAAGGUGUAUCUUGACUUCAAACGCCGCGAUAAGUUCUUCUGGAGUCUAUAUGCAUAUACUGUCCAGAAGGAUAUGGGGUCCGAUUUCUCGGGUCAUCUGGCAAACUUCCUGGAACAAAGCUGGUAUAUGAAAGAGAAAGAAGAUUUUGUCUCUUCAUUAUCGCCCUUGCAGGAAAAUACAGAUAGUAUUCCCGAGCGAACAUAA